UAAAUAGAGCAGCCAUCUUUGGUGAUUCAGUUGUAAACGAGUCCCCGUUUCGGACAAUUUAUACGUUUCGCGUGGUAUCUAAGGUCAAGAGAGUGAAAUUACAAAAUCGCCGAUGGAGCGAUGCUUUAGAGGGUUUGAACAUUUGUAAUUUUGAGAGUUUUUUGGCGGAGUUCACUCUGAGUUCGUAGGAACUGGUGUUCGAAUCUUCGCCACAUUCUCAAGUGGGAUACUCCGUGCUCUCCAGCUUUCAGGACUAAAGCUUUUCCAAAGGGUGUUAGAUACAAAUACUUAUAUUUCGUGGUAAACCACAAGGGUAUUAAACACAUAUUCAUAGAAGAAGUGAGACAACUUCAAACAUUGUUUGUUUAGUGGAUAAAACAGAAAUAACAAGAAAGGUGAAAUGGGAUGUGGAUCAAGUGCAGAGCCAGGCAGAGAAAGGCUAGGGCAACCUAUUCCAAACGGAAAUGUCAAACAUGACAGCCCUUCUCCGCCAGCCAGAGCUAACAGUCCUGAGAAAUCCAAGUCAAGAGGGGGCUCUGCUAGCUCUCGUAAAAGUGACCACAGGCGGACUUCAGCUUGUUCACACAAGAGCGAAAAGUCUCAUAACUCUUACAAAAGAAAUAGAAGUCGAAAGUCUUCAUCUUCUUCAUCGUCUGACUCAUCUCAUGGAAGUAAAGAGUGCAUAAAAGAACCCCUUGCUAAGGAACCAGAGCCUAUUGCUAAUCAGGAACCGAUUCAAGAGACAAAGCCCGAUAAGGAACAACCGCCUGAUCCUGAUGUCAAUCAAAACCAGGAGGAACCAGAAGAACCAAAACCGGAAGAACCUGCUGUGCAGCCAGAAAAGACUGAGGAGGAAACGGUGCAAGACCCACAGCCAGAUUUCAGUGAAGAUGUCAUUAAGCAAUUUGCUGAUUUAGAAACUGUGAUUAAAGACCUCGAGGCCAAAAAUUCUGAGGCGGCCCAUAGGGCGAAGCAUCUACAACUAUUGGAGCUGCACAAAAGUCUGACAGAGCAAGAAAAGCAAGUUGAGGUGUUGAAACAGCAAACGGCAAAAGAAUACCAAGAUGUGGUGUCCAUGGUACAUCCAUCUGUCAGGGCCAUGUUUGCCACAGAAUCCGAGCACAGUGAACACAUGAAAAAGGAGCAUCAGGAAUAUAUGGAUGCAUUAAAUAAGCAGGAGGUUGCUGAGCAAGAGUUUAACACCAUGAAGGAACAAUAUAAAAACUUAUAUAACACAUUUCAGUCUGAGGUUGAGACAGUGAAACAGGAGACUGAGUUGCUAGGCAAGAAACGGCAUGAGCAAGAGGAGAUACUGGGCAAGAUUUUUAAUGAUACGUAUGGCAGUGACAACGAAUGGAAGCUAGAGAUGGAACUGGACGCUCUUGGAGACCAGAAAGAAAGGGUUCAAGCAGCACACACAAAGUGGACAAAUGCUAGGAAGUUUCUGUAUACUGCUGCCAAUCAAAUUCUGUGGGCUCUACGUCGUUGGUCACAAAUAGGGGAACACAAUGUGCAAGCCCCAAUGGUGAAGUACCAGAUGUCAGCAGAGACCAGGAACCACCUGGUUGCUGGACUGCAGAAUGUCCAAAGCACACAUGGAUUUUUGGCUCCUCUUGAAGUGCCAUAUUGCAAGAAGGAGGAUCUGGAGGCAUUAAAAUCUGCUAUAAAUACCAUAUUCCAAGAUGUCCAAGUCCACACACGCUACCAGCAAGCCUAUGCAUUUUACCUGAGCACCUACAACAAGUGCUUGAACCUCCUUAAGUGGAUUGAUAAUGUGCUAGACAGCACCAUAAACAAGGACCUUGUCCAAGUCCGCAAGCAGUUCCAUGAGAAGUACUAUGAGCUCAAGGAAGAGAGAAUCAACUUGAUCCAGGCCAAGAUCAAAGAAAAGCUGGGAAUGGAUAUGACUCUAGAACUAAACAAAGAGGAAUUCAAGGAGGUGGAAGCUGAAAAAACAGGCAUGGAUGUGGCUACAGCAGAAAUUGUAGAGAAAGAAGAGGGCACAGAAGAAGCCCCAACACCUAAUGAAGAAUCUGACAAUCCACCUCCAGCUGUCAUCCCAAUGGCAGUAGAGGGAGAAGCUGCUGAUGAAAGCCAAGACAUACAACCAGAGGCCAAGCCCUUAUCACUGUCCGAGUUAGCCCCACCCCCAUCUCAAGACGACCUGUUUGGAGACAUUGAACAGCUGAAGAAAAAGCAUGAAGAAGAGAUGGCAGAGUUUGAGAAGGCACAAGAGUUGAACAAGACUAGGGUCGAGCAAGGGCUACAGGAGAAGCUAAGAGCAAGGCGCAGCAGGCGGCGAAAGAUGGAGGUUGAAAAAGCAGAAGAGUUGUCACUAGCACCACCACCAGCCACAGAGAUGUAAUUAGAUCAUUGCCAAACCUGCCAACUCUCACAGGAGUCUCAAGGUUUUCAGCCACAGGGGUUUCAAGGCUUUCAGAUCUCCCAAUAAAAAAUCCAUAUAGUUACCUUAUAUCUCCCAGAUAAAUACCUUGUUUUUAUCAUUAACACCUUCUGAUUUCGAGCUAUCAGUGUUGGCUGUAUGCAAAACAAAAGUCAUUUUAUUUCAAGUGCAAGGAAAAAACAUUGUAAAGGCAAUAUUUUAUACUUUCCACAUCUGAGUCAAUGACACACUUCAUAUCAGAUGGACACAAACUAUCAGUAUAAAAAAAUCGAGAAAAGGAAAACAAAAUGAACUGCAAAUGAUUUGUUCCAAAUAAUGGAAUGGCCCAAUGCACUUACUGAAGUGUCAAGCCUUAGACUUUGGUUGGGGGUCAGGAGAGGGUCUAACUUGUUUCAAAGGGGAUCAUUGAUUAGUGAUAAAAAGGUUGUUCUUGCUUAAGGAAAAAAAAAUUCAUUUCAAUGUAUAUAGUUUAGCCAUUGCUAAUUAAACUAAUUUUAGUUAUACAUUGUACAUACUAACAAGAAAAACAUGUAUGUGAA